CGUCAUGCUGGUCGCCAGACAACAUGCUGAUCGCAAUGUUGUUGACUCUCUUGCUAGUAUGGUCGCAUCUCGGUCAGGCCGUGUUUGUGCGCCAUUUCCCUUGCGCGCCAACCGAUGCGCCUCCGGUAAACCCCAUGUUUGACCCGAUCAGCCUGAGUGCUGAACUCGAUGUGUCCGAUUCGACGACGCUGUCCCUGAGGUUGUAUAGCGAUAUUCUUGAAUACGACGAGUGUCAGGCGCUGGGAGAUGCAUACGCGGAACCCAUAGUUAAUGUCAGUGUCCUGGGUCACCCGGUUGGAGUCCAGAAGCAAUCGAGUGCCAGAUGCCCGACCGUUCCCUCUAUGGAUGCUCCAAGAUGGGACCCUCGAAUACACUCGGAAUUCCUCGUAUCCUAUUCCCUGGAUAGCCCCCACAGGUUCAGCACGCUCGCCACGACCUUUCGUGUUCCACUGAACAAUGGCACGGAAUUGGCCUGCGUUGCUGCCAAUAUUACGCCUGAUCUGGGAUCGACCGCCGUGAAGCUUCUGAAGGGCAUACCACUGACCAUAAUGCUUCUCUCAGUAAUCAUUGCUGCCGGUAUUAAGUUCUAUAUGAGCCGCCAGUCAAGCAUCUUUCGCUAUGAAAUUGCUAACAGUAGCCACGACCCGGCCGAGUCAUUUCUUCCCGGCCUUGGGGACUGUUUGCAGUACCUCCAAUUCAUCUUCAUGUCUGGCUGUCUUACUCUGCUGUAUCCCGGCUAUUUUAGGCCAGUAGUCAGCCAACUGGCUUGGUCAUCGCUGAUCUAUGCCAAUGGCCCCAUCACGCAUCAGUUCAUAUAUCCCGGGGUCGAGAAGGGCAUUUAUACGUUCAAUGGAACUUACGGGCUAGAAGAGAUGGCUCAAAUUCUGGGAGCGACGACCAUGAGCGACCUUUGGCCCAACGCUAUUAUUAACCUGUCGGUCAUGGUGCUCGUCGUGGUGGUGAUCAUCCAAAUCGCCUCUUUGCUCAAGUGGAUGUGGCGAUUGUUCCCCUUCUGGGGUCCUCCAAAGCCCUUCGAGCCGCGCACGGAAUUUCUGGCGCACAUGCAGCACGCCGGAUGGAGCGUUCUCCGCAUGGUCCUCUACUAUUACCCGUUGCCCAUCGCCACCUUCUCGCUCUACCAACCGCUGAUGACGUAUUUCCCUGUAUAUCGGUCUUUUCUUGCUGUCUCGGUGGUUGCGCUCCUCGGCGUCUCAUUGGGCUUCCUAGUUCGCUACUUGAAGGCCCAUGGCCGACAGGAUUCUUUCUUUAGUGAAAGCACCCUUCCGGGACGGUCAACGCGAAAGUGGUUCUUUGAUGCUCUGUACGGGCUCCCUCUGAUCAGGGGUGUCGCGAUCGGUGCUCUGCAGGUCUCUGGUAUCGGGCAAAUCAUCAUCCUUAUUGCCUGUGAAAUCGCCCUGAUUGUCUGUUUGUUGUUGUACCGAAAAAAUGGGUCGGUGUGGAAACCCAUCGGUCUGUCCGCCGUUCGACUGACGACAAUGGCCAUGAGCUGUGCCUUUCUUCCCUCUGUGGGACUUAACGAAGGAUCAAAGGGCUUAGUGGGAUAUUUCAUUCUCUCUUUGCAUGCAUCGGCUCUAAUCCUUGGGUUCCUUGUACCAUCGCUGCUCAAUUGUGCGAUGUAUAUCUUGGUCAGGCUUGGGGUUCUGGACUCCCACUUUAUUGAUAUGAAGCCUGACCAACAAAACGCUCCCGUCUUCGGGUUAAAUCAACUGUCGCGCCGGUCGAAACGAGGAACGAGCUUUUCUCACCUGCCUCCCCUUAGUCCUCCAGAUCAAUCCAUCACCGCGUAUAUCACGCAUACACCUCUUCCCCGACCUGGUUCCUCCGAAGGCGAAUUAUGCAUUGCAGAUGAUGCCAGCCAGUUCUACCGAGCUCCGCGACGCAAUCCUUCUUCAUACGCCCCAACUGACGGCACGCGUACCAUUCGCUCGAUGCCGUCAUCUUCGGAUAUGGGUGACUCCGCCGGUGACUCCGGUGGUUCCAGUAUGGAACUAAUCGAAGAGGACGAAGAUGACCUCGCGUCCGACCGGGCGUCUAAUGUCGAUUAUUCCGUCCGUGAGUCUGAUCAAUAUUAUCGGCGCACGAGGAUCGUCAUGGGAUCAAAUCAGUCUGCAGACACUGGUUCACAGUCGAAACCUCCCAGAACGCUCCCGCGAUGGAAGCAGCGGAAACCGAAGGAGAAGGGGUUUGAAGUUAUCAGACCUGGACGACCACCCUCGGAGGGAUAAAUUGUAUAUAAAUCUCAAGCACAUAAUCCAAGCUCAUCCACU